CUCCGCUCAGCCCCGCUCCAGGUCCACGUCCCACCGACGGACCUCAGGGCAGCCCCUCGCCAACGCCGGUGUCAUGGAGGACCCUCAGAGGAAGCUCAGCCAGAGGUAUGAUGGCAAGCCGCGGAAAGUGCGCUUCAAGAUCGCGUCCUCGUACAGCGGGCGCGUGCUCAAGCACGUCUACGAGGACGGCCAGGAGCUGGACAGCCCGGAGGAGAAGUACCCGCGAAGCUUCAUGCAUGGCAAGGUGCCUCAGCAUCUGGAGGAGGAGCAGCUCUCCAGCUUCCAGGAGGCCCCGGAGGCGCGGCUGGGCUCGUCCCCCGGGCUCACUGCCCAGAGGAUAAACGUCUACAGGGGCAUGACUAGCUACAGACUGGCUACCUGCGGCGGCUCGUCACCAGCGGAUUCCAGAUCCUCCGUGCUGGACUUUGGGAAGAUUAUCAUCUACACCAGUAAUCUGCGAAUCAUCAGGUGCCCUCAGAGGAGGACAGAACUGAUGAAGACCUCUGUCCAGAGACAGGACGAAGAGGGGGAGGAUCCGCACGGGCGAGGAAGAGGAGGGAAGCAUUGCCACGGGUCACGGUGCGAUCACUGGGAGGACGAAGAUGGCCUUGAAACUGCAGAGAAGGAGGAGGCCGUGUGUCCACAGUGCGGGGGCUCGGGCUGCACCCCCUGCUCCCUGUGCCAUGGAAGCAAGCUGUCCAUGCUCGCCAACCGCUUCAACGAGUCCAUCAGAGCCCUGCGCUGCCCGGCGUGCUAUCCGGACGGCCUGCAGCGCUGCCAGUCGUGCUCGGGCCGGCAUGGCGGGGAGCCCUGAGGGCGGGACUUCCUGCGGGGAGUCCGUGUGAACAUAAGCGGACGAAACAGACGCAA